AUGUUGGAGUCCCUGGCAACAGAGUCGCCAGAGACAUUUACUAGGGUUGAGCCUGCUGGUCAGGGACAGACUUUGCAUGGUACUGCAGACGCGUCGGGUUCUCAGACUCUGAUGGUUUCAGAGGUACCUACCUCGAUCGUACCUAUUGUACCCACUCCUACGGUAUUCACAGUGCCACCAGCGGUGCCCCCUGUGGCAUACCAGGCACCACCGCCAUUGGUGCCUACUGCACACUCGGCACCCGCACCAGCAGCAGCAGUUGCUCCACCUCCGGUACCACCCCCCACCGUACCUCCAACCGCGCCCACCUAUGCUGACCCUGUAGUGCCACUAGUGGCACCUACCCCAGCCUAUGCAGCAGCACCGGGGAUUCCUCCCAUGGCCUAUCCAACGUUGCUGAGGACAGAUCCCGCAUGCUUCAGUUUAUCCAGGGACUGGAUGGACAUUUACAUGUAA